AUGUGUACUACACUAUUUAGACCUAAUGGAAAGACAAACGGAGGGGGACGGAACAAAGAGAACGAGAGAAUCAAGAUUUUUGGAGAACGGAGAUCAUCAAGCGCGAAAAGCAAAUUCACUCUUCACUUACCAACCAAAGAACCAGAACGAUUGUUGCGAGCACAAAUCAGAAAAGCCAGACACGACAGACUGGAAGUGACAGAAGAACCGCUGAUAGUUUCUGAUUUUGAGAAAGAGGGAACCGUUUCAAUUCAUUCGGAACACUCUGAUUCUGAAAAUUCGGAUACCGAGUCUGAAACUGUGGCAGCUGCCCCACCUCAUGUGGAGAGACUAUUAGGUGAUUAUGGGGGAGCUAAUGCCCCGCUUGGAAGGAUGACAAUAGUGAAUCAACCAGUCAAUGUUGCCCACUUUCAACUUCACUCCUCAACGAUACGGCAACUUGAAAGGAGACCUUUCUCAGGAAAAAUUAACGAAGAUGCCAACAAGCAUUUGCAGAGGUUUCUUACGAUGACUACGUCGUUAAAGAUUGAGGGGCAUUCUGAGGAAGCUAAGAAGCUGGUCAUGUUUCCGUUUACAUUGUCAGAAGAUGCUGAAGAGUGGUUCUACUCUUUACCUGCUGGAAGCAUCACAACUUGGCAACAGAUGGAGACAACGUUUCUCAACGAGUACUUUCCGGCUUCUAAUUUUGUAAAUGGUCUUCGGCUGAAGACUAAGCAACUCAUUGACACAGUAGCUGGUGGCUCAACCAAUUUUACAACAGCCACUGGUAUUAAAAAGAUUAUCGAAGCCAUUGCAGCCAAUGAGCACCUAGAGUUGUAUGACCGCAGUGUUAGUCAACCCGAAGGGAUAAUUGACCUGAAAUUGGCAAACCAAGUGGUGAAGAUGGAAGAUCAAAUAGCAGCUGAAGUAGAAAGGAGACUGAAGAAGAUGGCUAUUGAUACCCAAACUGUUGCACAGGUUCAACAGGUUCAACCAACUCACACUAGUAAUUGCGAAAUUUGUGGAGGACCUCAUCUUACCGUACAUUGCGUUGCUACCGCACAACAAAUUGAGGAGAUCAAGUUUCUUAGGCAGAACAACCCUUAUUCAAACACAUACAAUCCGGGUUGGAAAAACCAUCCUAAUUUCUCAUGGAAGGAUCAACAAGGAAAUGUGCAGAACCAACCACAGCAACAACAAUUUCGACCUCAGCAACAACAACCGUAUCAACAACAUCAACAACAGUUUCAGCAACAGGUACCAAGAAAAGCUGAUUGGGAGCUUGCCAUUGAGAAGAUGGCCGCUCAAAGCUCUCAAUUUCAAGAAGAGACUCGGAGUAAUUUAAAGAACACAAGUGCUUCAAUUAAGAAUCUUGAAAUCCAGAUGAGUCAGAUAGCCCAACAACUAGCGGGCUCUCCACAACAGGGAGUUUUACCAAGUUCUACGGUUACUAAUCCAAGAGAAAAUAAUCAUGUGAAUGCGGUGACCACAAGGAAUGGUAAGUCAAAAGAAAUACCUGAGAAGAGUUCUGAAGAAGAAGACUUAUUGCUUGAAGUUGAUCUAGAGAUAAAAGAAAAUGAGGUUGCAAAUGAAGAGGUCAUUCAUGAUGAACGAGUGGUUAAAGAUAAAGUGAUUGAUCCAAAACCGGCCGUCAAACUGCCAUUCCCAACAAGAAAUAAGAAGAAAGGGCAGCAUGAGAAAAACUUUGAGAAGUUCUUGGAAAUGUUUAAAAAGCUUGAGCCAAACAUUCCUUUCUUGGAGGCGCUUGAGCAAAUGCCUACCUACGCAAAGUUCAUGAAAGACAUCAUCUCGAAGAAGCGGACCAUAGAGACUAACCCGAUUAUUCUAACGGAAACUUGUAAUUCCAUUUUGCAGGGUAUGAAGGUUCCGGUGAAAAAAAAGGAUCGAGGUUCUCUGACUAUUCCGUGUGCCAUAUGA